CAGCGACUGGAGACGGACCGGGAGCAACGCGCUGGGAAGAGCAGAGACCACCGACAACAGCCCCGCGCUCUCCCACACACGCUCACACUCGGCGCUUUCCUCUCCACCCCCACCUCCUCCUCCUUCCACCCCCUCCACUAACACCAUCUCCUCCUCCUCUCUGCAACAAGAAAAAAAAAGCCAUUUACAGGGGGUGAUGUGCAACUAAUUAAAGGCAGACUGGCAGCGUCUGCAAAUUCUAAGGCUCCCCAAAUAAAAAGAGACUGUUGUAACAGUUGGAGGAUAAUGCAAAGGAAGACGCUGCCUGAGAAGUCACCGUCUGUGGACAUGCGCCCCAGAGAGGACUAGAGCAGCCCUCACCUUGCUCUCCCCACCCGGAUCCCACUUUCCUGCACGGCCCGGCCCGUACCCCGACCCCACCAUCACCCGCUUCCCUCCUCCCCAUCUCUCCCCCUUUCCCACCCAGGUGUCGGACCAGGCGGUCCCCACUUCCACCCUGCACCCCUUCUUCCCCCCCUGCACCAUGAACACCAAUGUCUGCGUGGAGCCCGGGCCGAGCCCGGAGGCCCCGGGCUUGCCCAAGGAAAGCCACCUGCCCGAGGGGGCCCUGAACAGCCUUGUGGAUUACAACUCGGAGAUGGAGCGUUACCGCUCCUUUGCCACCUCCUUCUACAAGACCAACGGGGGCGCCUUCCCGCAGGCAGCCAAGAUCGCGCGCAUCACCACCCCCAUCUUCCCCAGCAGCGCCGCCGCCGCCGCGGCCGCCGCGCGCAUCGGCAUGUCCCCGUGGAACUGCGACAACGCGGCCACCGCCGCCGCCACCGCGAUGCUCUGGGGCAGCGGGGGCGGCGGCGGAGGCGGUGGGGGCGGGGGUGGGGGCGGCGGGGCCGGCAGGAAAUCCUCCUCGGCCGCCGCCUCCUCCUCCGCCUCCUCCUCGGCGAUCCUCCCCGCCGCCGGCGGUGGCGGUGGCGGCGGCGGCGGCGGUGGAAGCGGCGGCGGCGGCGGCGGCGGCGGCGGCGGCAGGACCAGCAUGCACCACCGGAACGACUCCCAGCGGCUGGGGAAGGCUGGCUGUCCGCCAGAGCCGUCGUUGCAAAUGGCAAAUACUAAUUUCCUCUCCACCUUAUCCCCCGAACACUGCAGACCUUUGGCGGGGGAAUGCAUGAACAAGCUCAAAUGCGGCGCUGCUGAAGCAGAGAUAAUGAAUCUCCCCGAGCGGGUGGGGACUUUUUCCGCUAUCCCGGCUUUAGGGGGCAUCUCAUUACCUCCAGGGGUCAUCGUCAUGACAGCCCUUCACUCCCCCGCAGCAGCCUCAGCAGCCGUCACAGACAGUGCGUUUCAAAUUGCCAAUCUGGCAGACUGCCCGCAGAAUCAUUCCUCCUCCUCCUCGUCCUCCUCGGGGGGAGCUGGUGGAGCCAACCCGGCCAAGAAGAAGAGGAAAAGGUGUGGGGUCUGCGUGCCCUGCAAGAGGCUCAUCAACUGUGGCGUCUGCAGCAGUUGCAGGAACCGCAAAACGGGACACCAGAUCUGCAAAUUUAGAAAAUGUGAAGAGCUAAAGAAAAAACCUGGCACUUCGCUAGAGAGAACACCUGUUCCCAGCGCUGAAGCAUUCCGAUGGUUCUUUUAAAGCUGUAGUGUAUCUUAUUUUCAAGGCAUUUGGGAAUGAAGGGCAAACUAAUGUCUUGUUUUAAGAAACCGCUUAGUCCACCAUUGAAGAAAUUAUCCAGAAAUUAUUUUCAUUUUAUGUAUAGGAAUUUCUUCAAAAAAAAUCAAAAAACAAAAAACAAGAAGAAAAGAAAACAACAACAACAAAAAAAGACACAUAAAAAUAACAGGGAAGUUUGGGGAAUUGGCCAGUUUAUUUACGUUCAAUACACUGAUUCUUCCUUUGAUGUAUUUAGCUAUACUAGUGAAGUUGUUGUCUAUUUUGAAAGUGGCUGUAAAAAAAAAAAAAUAAUACGUUUGGGUAACCCCCAACUGUAAAAUCAUGUAUCUUUGCAAAGUACAUAUCUAUACUUCAUUUUCAGAUAUAUGUGUUUCAGUACUGUAAACUGUACAGAUAGCAGCUUGUAUUUUGUGUGUUUAGACACAAGGAGACAAUCAUGUCUGAGCAUCUAUGGAGAUUAACAGUUUGUAUACAACAAUAUGGUUCUGCAAGUUAAAAAUCUGGAGCAAUAAAUUUUAGCUUUAAAUAUUUUUGGCCAGUUGUUUUUAGAAGCAGAAACAACACCGGUGGUUUUCAUGCAUCUUUCUGUAGAGACUUGUUGGCUGGUUUUUUCAAGACUAAAAGAUAAUGCUGCAUCCAGCAAAGACCUUCAGUUGUGUUGAUAUAAAAGGGAAAGCGACAAUGAAGGUUUCAAUUAAUCUUUUGAGCACUAUAUUAGAGUAGUGGUUAUGCACUUGCAUUGAUUACAAACAAGCUGUACAGAGGGUAUACCCCCAGAUAUUUAGUGUAGUUGACUUGUUUGGGUUGCACUGUAAGGGGAGUACGCUGAAUAGUUGGAAAAUGCAGAAUCAGUUGUAUCUUUUUUUUUUAAUUGAAAAAGUGUUUUCUAGGCUAACAUUAUCAGAUUAUAGAAAGAGAAAUUCAUGCCUGACACCACCUUUUUCCCUAGGCAUACACAGGUUGGUUGUUUAAGCAUUUUUAUUCUUUGAUUAUUAUUUUGCUUUGGGGAAGGGUAAGAAAAACAAAGCAGAGAGUAUUCAAAAUGUUUUAAUUCCAUGUAUGACACUGGAUGGGUAGGUUUAAAACAAUGCUCAAAUGCAUUGAAGCCUACUCUAAGGCAUGACUGGGCUUAUUUUCAAGUUCAAAAUAAUCAAGCACAUUUGUUAAAAGGGAGGCUUUUUUUGUUUCUUUAUCUUCCUUUCCGUCUCUCUCAGUUGGACCAGUAUUCUUUCCCAGUCUCAUGGAACACCCACUGCUUCCCUCCCCUUUCUUACCACUUGAAGCUUUCUUUUCAUGAAGCGAGGCCACAGUGUGAGGAAUUUCAUAAAAACAAGACAGCCCAACCCCCACCCAGGGGAUGCUUUCUAGAACCAGGGCUGCCUCACCCUGUAGAGUUGGUUUUCCUAGGACGGCCUUGCUUCUCAAACGAUGCCCAUCCCAAUAAGACAAACACUUUCAUUGAUUUAUUUUAAAAGCUAGCCUAAAAGAAUGGUUUCAGGAAUCAAACAUAGUUUCGGAAAGACACAAAGAUUAACAAAGUUGCCGGUUUAUUUACCUCUUUGUUCUUUAUGAUUUCCAGACAGGUUAGCUAGCCAGCUGAAUCAAAAGGAAAACAACAGGAGAGAGCGAUAAGUCAGCCACGACUUUAGAGUCUCAAAGGCUGGCAGAGGAAUAUUUUUAAAAUUUCAUUUUAGAUUUGAAUGGGAAGAGGGAUGACAUUUUUUUUCUAAAGGCAGGUCAAGUUACUAUGCCAUCAUUGGUCACCUGGAUGAGAGCAUAGUAGGGUUGUAUGAUGUGAGUGUAAGGCACCAGUGGCAGGAAUGUGCCUAGCUAGCAUACCAGUGCUUAAGGUCUGCAGUAUGGUUAAGCAGCCUUUGUGAGGAAAAUGCAUUAUGUAUUACACCUGCCUAUGCUUAAAGAGAGGGUGAAAUCAUCAAAAGGUAAAAUGUGCUGUAUAUUACCUUUGAGAUAGCGUUCUCCUCCAUGUGGAUUCCUUAGUGUUUGUAGCUAUAAUUUCUGUUUCCGCUGUAAGACCAAUGAGAGGUCUAUGAGUUCUUUAUUUCUUUAUUGUCCCACUGUCUGUCUGUCUGUCCGUCUAUCUGUGUCUCUCUUUACAAUUUUUAUUUUGUUUUAUUCUUAUUUUGCACAAUUUGUUAGUGAAUUAUGAGCACGUGAAAAUUUAUUUUCACACUUGAAUGGGACGCUUCCCUUGCUUAUGUUAAGGAAAAAAAUGAUUAUAAAUGAAACCAAUUUCCUUUCAGAUUGUAUUAGGCACACAAUAAGGACCUCAUAGCAAUGUAUGAAAAGCCAAAAACUCAAGGUGAUAUUGCAUGUCUUGGUGUAUUUUUCUGUUUGUUUGUUUUUCUGUUUUUUGUUUUUUUGGCUUUUGUUUUAAGGCAAUGAAUUUGUGGAUUGUAAAUGUGUUGUUUCACAUGGCAGUUCAUUUAAUUUUAAUUAGAGGAAUCUGUUACCAUGAUGAACAAUGUGGCCUUUUUUCUUUAAUAUUUUCUUACAUUUUCAUUAUUAACACUAAUUGCUCUUAUGCCACACACUUCUUAUGUUUCCCUUUAAACUUAGUUUACAAAAUGUAGGGUACAGGUAGAGUUCUCACUGGCGAUGGUGAAGAAAUGACCCUUCUAGAUUACCUCUAGUUUUCUUUCUCAAGUUUAUCUACAUACCUACAACUUGUAGCUUUAGGGCAGUGAAGGGGUGCCUGUGCAUUUUCUUUAUUCCAAAAAUGUAAAUGAAACAUAACUUUUAACAGCAGCUCACUGUGUGUCUCAUUUCCCAUACCAAGGAAAUUUAGAAUUUAGCAAUCAGAUUGUAGGUCAUAUAUAUACAACUUAAAAAUGACAUGCCAGACCAGAUGUUGCUCAAGCUGCCGGAGAAGUCCACGUACACAAGAGUCCAGUCUUAGCGGAUGCCCUUCCCUGGCAGCAUUUGAGGGGUGUGCAGGAGAACAUGUGGGCCGUUGGCACAUGGUGUGUUCAGCAGCUGCUCCCUCUAGCUAUUCCUUAGCACUCUAGAAGAAUCCUAUAAUGCAGUCCUCUGUCUUUAUUGACUUUCAGACUAAAGUGACUUUCUGUUGGAUUCCUCUUGUCCUCAUACAAGCAGAGGCACACUCACAAAGUAGUAUUGACUCCGUCCAGGUUACGUAAAUAGUAAACAUCUUCCCCUAAUGUAUGAGUAUGCAGAACGUCUCCUGGUUGCUUAACCUCAAACCUUCCAUUUCAUACUAAGCAAUCACAUGGAGUGAGAGACAACAGGCUUGUUAUGAAUUAAUAUUAAGUAAUCAUGAAAGGAAUGGAAUGUUCCAUCCUUUGUCAGAAGCCCUGGCGUGGAUGUUGUUCAAUUAGUGCUAAAGCAUAGAAAGACUAGCUGAUUGUAUCAGUAAUCAAAGAAUGAAAAGAGAGACACAGUUAAAUGAAGGCACGAGUCAGGGUCAAAUAUGUUGAGCAGAAAGCUGUAGUGGGUCUUUGAUCCUGGUGAGAUUCACAGCAAUAUCAAACAGUUGGUUCUCAUGUAACAACUCAAUGUUUCAGAUUUUGUUUUUUAUUAAAUUUGGCAUUUCACACUGAGAUCUGUAUUCCUAGCGAGUAGAACACAGCUACUGUGUUCAGAGGGAUUCCGUUCCACAAUUGACAAAUAGGUAUUUCAGGACAUGGGCCACCAAGUGUACUCCGUUCCCAGUGUCCUCCCGUUCUGAACUGUGCAGUUAUCGGUUACAUUUUCUAAUAGAUAUUUGUGUAAAGGUGUAUGUAAGCUUGUGCAGUUAUUUUAAAAAGCAGUUUUGGAAAACAGUGUAUUUAUUAAAGAAAAAAAUCACUUAUGGGGCAUGUACAAAACUGUAAAAAAAAAAAAUUAAAAAUCACUUCAAUUUGCCCAGUAAA